GCCAGGGGCACUUGGACUCACUCGCCCGCUACUGAUACUUCAUGACGGCCUGAUACGAUGAUGUUUUAAAAAUUAUUGUGACUUAGUCAACCACCAACAUUUUCGUCUCGUCUCGUCAACUAAAGUUAAAAUAGAUUUAGUCAUAGUUUUUAUUUUCAAAGAUCCGUUUUCGUUACGUCUUCGUCUCGUCGUCGUCAUGGGAAAAGGGUCGUUAACGAAUAUUUUUCGUUAUAGUUUUCGUCAACGAAAUUAACACUGUUGUGAUCUUCAAGUAUUGAUCGUCAGGACAGAGGAUGUCACACCAUGUUAAAUCCCUAUGAGACGAAUUGUGAUUUGUGAAUAUGGGCUAUACAAAUACAAUUUGAUUGAUUGAUUGAUCGUCCAGCAGUGCAAAGCCGUCUUGUCAGGUUAGGAGCUGAGGAUUUCGGACUCCUCCCUGGUUUCCCUGGACGAAAAGUUACAACCGAAUCAGAAUCAGCAGAAUUGGACACAUCCAGCCCCGUGGAAAGAUGAGAGGAUCUUCCAGUAAAACGCUGUUCCUGGUAAACUUAGCUAUCCUUUGCUUUAUCUGCUGGGUUAUUUCUUUAUUUGUAUAUUUAGAGGCUCCAUCUCCCGUGUGUCAGACUAUGUCUACAGUAGCUGAUGAAAAAAAUUAUGAAGCCACAGGGUCAACUGAAAAGCCCAUCGUUCUGCUGUGGUUCUGGCCUUUUGAUGUGAAGUUUGAUUUCCAAAUUUGCUCAAGCCACUUCAACAUUGAUGACUGCAUUCUGACUGAUGACAGGUCAUUGUACAGCCAAGCAGAGGGAGUUAUCUUCCACCAUAAAACAAUGAGCUGGCAAUUUGAAAACAUGCCCAAGGAGCCACGUCCACAUUUUCAGAAGUGGAUUUGGUUUGAUCAGGAAUCUCCCACGAACACGGGGAAAACACCAGGUCUGGAAAAUCUGUUCAACUUAACAAUGGGCUACAGACGAGAUGCUGACAUCACAGUGAGAGAUGAGGUGAAAAUCAAGCAAACAGAGACCAAGGAGGAAUUUGUUCUGCCCAAGAAAGACAAACUGGUGUGUUGGGUUGUCAGUAACCACUACCCAAUUACUGGAACAGCUACGAGAGAGAAAUAUUACACAGAACUGUCCCAACACAUAAAGGUUGAUGUCUAUGGUGUUGCUUUUAAUGGGCACCCGUUGAAACCUGAAGACUAUUACCCAACCCUUGCGAGUUGUAAGUUCUAUCUCUCAUUUGAGAACUCGCUCCAUGUGGACUACAUGACGGAGAAGGUCAACGGGCCCCUCGCAGUAGGGACCGUCCCUGUAGUUCUGGGUCCACCAAGGGAAAACUACGAGCAGUUCCUUCCCAAUGGUUCCUUCAUUCACGUAAGUGAUUUCCCUGACGCCAAAGGUAUGGCAGAGUAUCUGCAGCGCCUGGACAAGGACCAUGAAGCAUACAUGAGUUACUUUGAGUGGAGAAAGUAUUAUGAAGUCACUCCUCAUCUUUUGACCUUGAGCAAUGAAUUCAUUCAUCCGGUCUGCCUCGCCUGUGACCACAUCUCAAAGUACAAAGAAUACCAUGUUGUCAAUGAUCUUUAUGAGUGGUACUUUCCAUGAAAACUACAGUGAGAACAUCAUUUGACAGACUAUAAACUAGAACAUAUACUUUUGAUUUGUGUGAUUGCUUUGACAUUUAUAGAGUAAUGAAUUAAUAUAAUUCACAUGGUAACCGUUGAUAUUAAUAUAUAGCUGGGGUGUUUUGAGUCACUUUGAGUUGUUUUGAAUAAAUCUAAACAAAUAAAUAAAUAUUCAAAUCUAAAAAUAGGUUUUACCGAUUCUAUUGGGGUAAUUUGGAUGAUUAUGUCAUGUUUAUUUUUGCUUUGUUUACAGGUACCUUAUUUAAAAAAUUUUUAAAGACAAGUGAACUUCCAGUUUCUACCCUGACUUCCUUAGGUUUUCUAUUGAGUAGGGUUGUGCUAAUGAUUAGGUGGAGCAUCAGUUGCAUGGAUCCAGCUGAGUAUCUGCACACUUACAUUAAAAUCAGCUAUAAUUUUACAACUCUAAGGGACAAGCCUGUGCUUUACACCUGCUUUACACUGUUUUGAUUUUAAAUUAACUCGCCAGCACAAUUUGGUGGGGAGACAUCUUGUAGAGCAGAAAUUAUGCUAUUGGAUCUAAAUAAACAUUGUAUGACCAUCCAUUUGGCUUUUCAUGCUAUGUAGCAGUAAUCAAAGACAUACAUGUACUUUCAAUAAAGCGGCCUGGCUUGUGUUACCUACAGUGCCUUGCAUAAGUAUUCACCCCCCUUGGACUUUUUCCCAUUAUGUACUGUUACUAACUGGAAUUCAAAUAGACUUAAAUAAACUUUUUCCCGUUUGAUCAACAAAACAUGCAUAGUACUUUGGAGGUGUAAAAUAAAUUUUAUUGUGACACAAACAAUAAUGAGAACAAAAAAGUUGACAUCUGUUGGGUGCAUAAGUAUUCACCCCCCUGUGUCAAUACUUGGUAGAACCCCCUUUCGCUGCAAUUACAGCUGCAAGUCUUUUGGGGUAUGUCUCUACCAGCUUUGCACAUCUAGAGAUGGAAAGGUUUGUCCAUUCUUCUUGGCAAAAAAGAUGAAGCUCAGUCAGAUUGGAUGGAGACCGUCUGUGAACCGCCAUAGAUUCUCUAUUGGAUUGAGGUCUGGGCUUUGACUGGGCCAUUUUAAGACAUUAACAUUCUUUAAUCCAAACCAUUCCUUUGUAGCUCUGGCUGUAUGUUUAGGGUCAUUGUCCUGCUGGAAGAUGAACCUCCACCCCAGUCUCAAGUCUUUUGCAGACUGCAUCAGAUUUUCUUCAAGGAUUUCCCUGUAUUUGGCUCCAUCCAUCUUUCCCUCUAUUCUGACCAGUUUCCCUGUACCUGCUGAAGAGAAGCAUCCCCACAGCAUGAUGCUACCACCACCAUGUUUCACUGUUGGGAUGGUGUGCUCAGGGUGAUGGGCAGUGUUGGGUUUUCGCCACACAUAGCGUUUUGCAUUGAGGCCAAAAAGUUCAAUUUUGGUCUCAUCUGACCAGAGCACCUUCUUCCACAUGUUUGCUGUGUCUCCCACAUGGCUUCUUGCAAACUCCAAACGGGAUUUUUUAUGGAUCCCUUUCAACAAUGGCUUUCUUCUUGCCACUCUUCCAUAAAGGCCAGAUUUGUGGAGAAGACGACUAAUAGUUGUCCUGUGGACAGAUUCUCCCACCUCAGCUGUGGAUCUCUGCAACUCCUCCAGAGUAACCAUGGGCCUCCUGGUUGCUUCUCUGAUUAAUUUUCUCCUUGUCCGACUCUUCAGUUUUGGUGGACGGCCUCCUCUUGGUAGGUUUGCGGUUGUGCCAUAUUCUUUCCAUUUUCUUAUGAUUGGUUUUAUAGUGCUCAGAGAGAUGUUCAAAGCUCUGGAUAUUUUUUUAUAACCUAACCCUGCUUCAUAUUUCUCCACAACUUUAUCCCUGACCUGUUUGGUGAGCUCCUUGGUCUUCAUGAUGCUGUUUGUUCAGUAAUGAUCUCCAACAAACUCUGAGUCCGUCACAGAACAGGUGUAUUUAUACUGAGAUUAAAUUGCAGACAGGUGGACCCUAUUUACUAAUUAUGUGACUUGCAAAUGUGACUUGUGAAUGCAAUUGGUCGCACCAGAUCUUUGUUAGGGGUUUCACAGUAAAGGGGGUGAAUACAUAUGCACUCAACACUUUUCAGAUUUUUAUUUGUAAAUAAUUGUGAAAUCCAUGUAAUAUUUCCCCCCACUUCCAAAUGAUGCACUAUUUUGUGUUGGUCCAUUACAUAAACUCACGAUGAAAUAAAUUUUAAUCUGUGGUUAUACCAUGACAAAAUGUAGAAAAGUCCAAAGGGGGUGAAUACUUAUGCAAGGCACUGUAGAUGGGCACCAACUAACUCCCAGUGUAAGCCUGCAUGAAAUCUGUUUCUCUAAAGCAGGGUUCCCAAAGUGGGGGUCCCGACCCCCCCGGGUGUCUCGAGACACAGGGGGGGUCGCGAAAUGCUGUCCAAAAAAAAAAGUUAAAGUAUUUUCAGAGCAUAAUGUUUACGCUGAUCCAGUUACCGUUCUGUGCGCUUUGGAUGUAUUAACCAUUAAUGUCAGUAGAUGUGCGCAGUAGAAUUUCUGUGUCGGCUGAUUUGACCACAGAGACGUGAGUGUCGACUGGCUGGACCGCAGUUAAUCCCUUCGAGUCAGCGUGUACUCACAAACUAAUGGGAACAAUACUUGUAAGUAAUGCGGCGGAACAUUUAUCCAGAGUCUAUACUAUUGUGUCUGUGACAUUAAGUGUAGUUGUCUUUUCCUGUUUUGGUUUUAGUACUUGUCAUCAAGACAAUAAGGAAAGCGUGGGUCUCUGUUUUUUUUUUAAUAAAUUGAAGGUAUAUGUUUUAUGUUAGUAAAUGUGUUCAAACAUGUUGAUAAACUUGUUUAAUAACUGUGUGACCUAAUACAACAUGUUUGUUUCAUAGGGCUGCCUUCAGGCAGAAUGUUUACGGUCACUGUUUUUUCCCACAUUUAGAUUUCAUUUAGAUUAUUUGGCCUUGUUUAGAUUUAGUUUCUUUAAUUAAUUGGUUUGAUUUCUGGUUUCUUUGUUUUAUUUUAUUUUGUUAUUUGUUCUGUGGGCAAUGUGCGAUAUGGUUAAUGGGUACUGGGCAAUUGAAUAUUGGUGAGUUAUUGGCUCCGUAAACUAGAGGCCCUCUUCUGUUAUUUCAGUGUAUAAUAUUGCUUGCAAUGAUAAUCAAAUCCAAUUCUUAAAGUGUGCUGUGCUGCUGGUCUGGAGCCUUCAACUCCCCCCUUUUUAACCUUUGCACAUGUGCUGUUUGAUCAGUUUUUAACACCAUUUGUACGAAUUUAAUAAAUUGUCUAUUUCUGGAA